UCGGGGACAAUGUCUUUCACGACCAAUGUUUGCUUUCACUGGGCGGACCGCUCGGCUCUGCAGUGACUUACGAGUUUGAUCUGGUACAAGAGGAGAGGAGAGGAAAAAAAAUGACGCGAAGUAAUGAACUUUUUUUCUGUGCUAGUUCCGUGAGGGAUAAAUGAAUUGUUUCGCGGUAUAUGGCGUGCAAUCAGUGGUUGCUGCGGAUUUGGGAAAUGAGACUUUUUCUUGUCUUUUAAAAAAAAUGACAUGUUCAACGGGGUUUGUUUGCAGCACCCGAAGAAAAUUAACCAUUAAGGUUAUCAUUGGCAUCUUAACUCUUUUGUUCCGUUUUCAUUCAUUACAUUCAAUGUACAUCAAUGUUGGAAUCGUGAAUAUCGAGCCGUUUUUUAAAGUUACCAAACCUGUUGCCGAGCAGUCUUUUUCGGAGUCUAAAUUAUUAUUCAGGGAUGAAGUUAAUACGACUUUUAACGUUUCUAUUACGGUUUUCGACUUGCAUGGAAAAGCAGGGAUAUUACACGAACUGGAUCAAAUAUUUUCCAACGCGUCUCUAAGUGUCAUCGUUGCCUAUGUACCGGACAAGUAUGUACAGAUUCUGAAUAUAUUUGCAAAGGACAGUUCAAAACCAUUGGUGCUAGCUAAUAAUUAUUUACCUCAUCAAGAUAGCGGCUAUGUUUUGUCAAUGUUCAAUGGAUUCAAAAUAACGUCGGAAGCCAUUCAGCAGUAUCUAGAACACUUCCAAUGGCAAAAUGUUGCCAUCAUUGCAUCAGACGAGGUGUUUUGGCGACAGAUGGUACCCAUACUCGAAAACCAGCUAAUGAAACAGAAUUUUAAUGUGAAACGCUCUCGCAUUGUGACCAACAUGACAGAUUCGAGUGUCGUUAGAAGCAUUAUACGCGAAAUCACUGCGUCUGAAAAAGCCAUUCUUCUUCUGAUGGAGCCAGAGAUUGCAGUUGAGCUGCUUUACACAGUGGAUAGGCUAGGAAUAGAAAAGAAUAAUUUCGUAUACAUCCUUAUUGCCCGAACACCUUUCUUCAACACGAGCAUCAUCGAUAACGCUGUCCAAAACAUGGGAGCUCAGACUUACGAAUCCAUCUUGGUGUUACACCCGAUUUUCAACGUCACAAAUAUAUUCAAUAACGUGACCUUUGAACUCAUCCCGCACGAUGACGUCAAAAAAUCCCUCCGCGAUGCUGCAACAUGCAUUUUACAAGGUGCAUACAAUAAAAAUAGUACAGUAAACAAUACCUUAUAUCUCAGGAAACAGGAGAGCAUUGUGGAUAUUCUAGAAACCAAAUUUGUAAGAGGAGGUGAACCGUUCGAAUACGAUGCAAACAGAGAACGGUACUUUUCCUUUGCCUUACUUGACAUAGAGGAACAGCUAUGGAAGCUCACAAUCAGCAAACUCAUGUAUAAACUAAAUGGGAAAUGGAACAUUAGGAGAAUUAGUGACAUUGAUUGGACGAAUGACAAAGUUAUAUUACCAGAUCCGUGCUUCAAGAACACAAACUGCACUCCAGAAGAAGAUAUCGACCUGGGGGUAGCAGUGGCCGUCCCUAUAAUCCUGCUGGUUGUGAUUGUAGUCGGUGUCCUGAUCUUCAUGUUCGUUUGGAAAAAGCAGAGAAAGAUUAACAUGACACGAGGACCCAACAAGAUUCUCCUGGAGGUGCUAGAUCUGACGUACCUACACAAGAAAGAGGCCAAAUCAGCAAAGAUAAAUGGUCCAUUCCUAGACAAACCGGAUUUGGUGAAGGCAUCAGAAAAGUCAAACCGUUCACUGGCCAGUCUCCACGAGUUCUCCGAAUUCUCAGAAAUUGCACGGUAUAAGGGAGACAUCGUAUUUGUGAAGGAGCUUAAAGUGAAGGGGUUUGAAAUGAAAGGAAAAUUGUUAUCGUAUUUACGAACGUUACGAGACAUACGCCACGAGAAUGUGAAUCCUUUGUAUGGUCUCCUCAUUGAUCCCCUGAGACCGGCGCUUGUUUCUGAGUACUGCAGUAGAGGAAGCCUGUGGGAUGUUUUGAAGAACGAAAACAUAAAACUGGACUGGGACUUCAAAGUCUCCUUACUUUCAGAUGCAGUAAGAGGUCUAAGAUUUAUCCAAGGGUCUCCAAUCCGUUCCCAUGGAAACUUGAAGUCACGGAACUGCGUCAUAGACAGUCGAUGGGUCUUGAAACUGUCGGAUUUUGGGAUGCCCGGAUUCAAAGAAUGUGCUAAGAUGACUGCCAACUACGAUCCAGAUCAACUGCUAUGGAUAGCACCGGAACAUUUACGUGAUCCGUUUCCAGGAACGAAAGGUUCCGAAAAGGGCGAUAUAUACAGCCUCGCUAUCAUUAUGCAGGAAGUGAUUCUUCGAGUACCGCCUUAUGGGAUGUUGGAAUACAAGUCAAAAGAGUUAAUACAAAGAUUACGUAACCCUCCCCCACUAAUCCGUCCAAAAGUGUCACCUCAAGCAGCCCAGCCUCAGUACAUUGUGUUGAUGAAGCAAUGCUGGUCCGAAAGUCCCGAUCUCAGGCCUACCAUAGAGGACAUCUAUCAGCAGUUCAAGUCCAUUGCCGGAGGAAAGAAGACGAACAUCGUCGACUCCAUGUUUCGGAUGUUGGAGAAGUACUCCAAUGACCUUGAGGACCUGGUGAAGGAGAGGACCGUACAGCUGGAGGAGGAGAAGAAGAAGACGGACCUCCUCCUCUUCCGCAUGCUUCCUCCAUCUGUGGCAGAGAAAUUGAAACUUGGCCGACCGAUUGAGGCCGAAGAGUUCGAAGAAGUGACCAUUUAUUUCAGCGACAUUGUUGGUUUUACAACAAUCUCAGCUCGUAGUACUCCGAUGCAAGUGGUGGACCUCCUUAAUGAUCUCUACACAAUGUUUGAUGCUACCAUUGAUAAUUAUGAUGUCUACAAGGUAGAAACCAUUGGAGAUGCCUACAUGGUAGUCAGCGGUCUUCCGAUGGCGAAUGGAAAUCGCCACGCCGGUGAAAUUGGUACAAUGGCUCUCGAUCUGCUCAGUCAGUGCGGGUCUUUUACCAUACGUCACAUGCCGGAAGUUCCUUUACGUCUGCGCAUUGGUUUACACUCAGGUUCCUGUGUAGCUGGGGUAGUCGGCCUGACCAUGCCUAGGUAUUGUCUUUUUGGAGACACCGUUAACACAGCUUCCAGAAUGGAAUCGUCAGGAGCAGCAUUCAGAAUACAUAUCAGUGAGAUGACUAAAGAUGUCUUGGAUAGUCUUGGUGGAUAUCGUAUUGAAUAUAGAGGCGAGGUGGAAUUAAAGGGUAAAGGUUUGGCCAAAACGUAUUGGUUAACAGGGAAGGAUGGAUUUACAAAACCCCUUCCCGAACCCCCGCCUUUACACGAUGGAUGCAACCAUGGUCUUGAGUCAAUUCUAAGUCAAAACGCAUCGUCAACAACAGACUUGAAAGAAAAGUCGGAUUCCAGUGAAAAUGUGGAUUCAAGAGCUACUUCUCCUUCUAAAGAUCAAAAGGCCGCCUCGAGGGGACCACGUGGUACAGCUUCGAAGGACAGAGCGGGCAAAACCAAAGGAGGCGUCCACAAAGGAAAAACCCACACCAACGAUAACUUUUCAAACAUCAACGAUGUUUCCAAAAUUAAGCAUGAAGAAAAUUCGGAAUUGUCUCAUUCCCCGGAUAUUACGCAAGUUGACAGUGCAGCCAAUCACUGUGAUACAGUUUCUUUACUGCGGAAAGAUUUUUCCCUCGAUAAUAAAAAAGGUAAUAAUUAUCGAAUGAGUAAAUAUUCCAACGCGUCCAUGGAUAGUGUUUCCACGGAAACCAGCGUAAUCUCGACCUCGGAGCUCCAUAUGACCGUCUUGUCCAAGCAUGACGAGAACGGGUCCAUUAAAGGAUCGCCGGGAAAACUGUCACCAGUUGCCGAGGUGUAGGGUGAACCAGUUUAUUCCAAGUUAUACAUGACGCCAUAUUUAACCUUAUUUAUUGUUCCUUACUCUUGUGUAGGAAGGACAUAUUAAUUAUUAAUACAAGUACAUGUAUACAUUUACUUUUGACAAUGUAAUCCGUCUUCCCUUUAGUUCAAAUAAAAGUGAUGGAAAUAUUCUUGUAAAGGCAUAACGUGUUUCUUUUUAAGCUUAAUAUGUGUGUUAUUAACCGUUUUGUGUUAUAGAUUGGAAAUCUAGUAUCAGGUGGGGUUUUUUUUCGAUGAAACAAAUGUGUGCAGACUUAUUUUACAGAAAAAUGAAUGAACGCAAAAGUAACACUGUACUUAAGGUCAUGGGUAAGGAUUUCGAAAUGCAAAUUUGAAGUGGCUCAAUUUUUUUCGGCAAUUUUUUAUGCUAUUAUCGUUAAAUUUCAGGCUUUAUUAUUUCAUUUAAUCAUGAAAUUUUCAUUGAUUGAUAUAUGUUUAUCAUGAGUGAUACGUUCAUGUAUAAAGUUAGUUUGAAAUCUCUGGAUAUAAAAAGUAGGCAAUGAUUUUUUUCUUCACAAAAGUAAAAUAUCAAUCGGAUAUUUUCAUUACCAAUCAACUAAUGUUAAGACCUAUCUUUUCUCCCAAAAUAUAGGAAAAAAUCGUAAAAUAGUGAAGAGCUAACAUUGAUUUUUACAGGUGAAAUAUAGUUUAAAAGCAAAUGCUUUGUACAUCCAUAAUUAUAUACACUAUACAUGUAUAUUGACGUAUUCGUUGAGCCACCUUAAAAUCCAUCAAAUUAUUCGUACAAUAAAAUAUUAAUUUAUCUUUAUUUCUAAACUACAUGUAGUAGCAAUAUAAAUUUAUAGUGCCAAAAACGAUAUUUUGAACCAUCAUUCAGAAAUAAAUCAAGCCAGACGUUUCCAUGUUUAAAUUAAAGACCUGAAACUUUACACAUGUCUUUGUAAUUUUUAGCGUUCUAUAUGAUUUCUUUUUUGGUAAAAGAUGAAGAAAAUUCGUAUUAAAGAAGGAGUCUUCUCUGGUUUUUGACUUGUCAAAACAUCAAAAGAACAAUUGAUUAGAUGUUCAUUAAAUCAAGAUGAAAGGAAAUUAAAAGAUCAUAUAAUUCUCCCUUUCUUACUAUCAUACAACUUGGCAUAAGAGUUUAGAUUCUAACAAGGACUAUUUUUUGGCGGAACACUGGCGUAUGAAAAUAUCACGUUUUUGUAAUUCAGAGUUACGGUAUUCAUGUACACUUAUGAGCUUAUCUAGCAUUAAUGCUUAGUUUUCAACUAAAUCGAACUAAUCAGAAGAUAUUUGGGUUUAAGAACGUAUUUUAAAAUAUGAUUUUCCAUUCAAAUUACAUUUUUAUUAACGUUAUUAAACGCUCAUUCUAUAAAAGAUAAAUUUAGUUGUAAAAACUGAUAUAUACAUUGCGAACAUUUAUCAUUUCAUUGAAGAAUAGAUACUCCAUAUCUUAAACAGAUGUCUACAUAACAACAGAUAACUACAUCUACUUUUAUCAUCCUUUAAUUGGAGGAAAAAUAUAGUGACCUUGACCUGACCUUCGUGCGAAGACAAGAAGGUCAAAUUUGAUUAAACUGAUACUUUCACUUGGUAAUAUGGUCUAUUUGACUGUGUUAAAAUUUCAUGACUUUCUCAAUAUAAGAAGUAUGUCUGAAAACGAGAAGACUCCUUCCUUAUUCCGGAUUUUUUUUAAAUCAAAACUUACCAUCGUUUAUAAUGAGUUAUAACAUAUAUAUUUUCACAAUUUGAUAUUUUAAUGGAACCGUAGUUGUUUACGCUGUAAUACGCAUGUAGACGAUAGGGGUAUAUUUUUUAUCAUUACUUUGUAAGCCUAUCGUGUGAUAUGAACGUAGCCAUGUCUUUCAGAUUUCUCUUGAUGUAAAUGUUGUAGUGAUGUUUUAUUACUUCAUGAUUGUUAUAAAUCUCCAAUGUUAUUCUAAUAAACACUCAAACCCCA